AUGUAUUCUAAGGUGGUCAUCUUCCUCUGUGCCGCGGGCAUUGCUUCCGCUGGUAACCUAUUGCAUGCGGCACCCGUGGCAUACAGUGCACCAGCAGCAUCUGUAUCCUACUCGACUACUACUACAUCUCACUCUGCUCCCAUCAUUGCUGCACCAGCGGCGUAUGCUGCACCAGUGACAUAUGCUGCUGCUCCUGUGUCGUACGCUGCUGCUCCUGUGGCGUCGUACGCUGCACCUCUAGUCACCAAAGCAGUGGCACCCAUCGCUUCCUAUGCUGCGCCAGCUGCAUCGGUCUCAUACCAAACAGUAUCCACACAAACCAGUCCAGUAGCCUACGCCGCCGCACCCGUAGUUGCCAAAUCGUAUGCUCCCCCAGUUAUUACUAGAGCAUAUGCAGCGCCAGUUGUUAGAACUUACGCAGCAGCAGCACCUGUUUAUGCCAGAAGUUACGCUGCCGCUGCUCCCAUUGUAGCUAAAACGUACUCCAUUCCAGCGAUCUCGAGCUAUGCUGCUCCCGUGGCCCGUCUUGCUCCCUCACUUUCAUACGCAUCGGUAGCAACCCACAGCUCACCAGUGGCUUAUGCUGCACCAGCGAUUUCUUCUUACGCAGCACCAGCUUUCUCAUAUGCUGCUGCUGCGCCAGUUAUCUCCAGCUAUGCUGCGGCCCCGGCCGUCUCCUACGCUGCUGCUCCAGCCGUGUCAUAUGGCUUGGGCGGACACGGAUGG